AUGUCCGUUCCGUUUAUCGCAUUCUGUGGGUUGUGUAUUACAGUUCUCAAAGAACUCAAUCAUGUAGUCACCGAAUCUUACAUGGAUGAACCGUUCCACGUCCCACAAGCGCAGGCGUAUUGUGAGGGCGACUUCGCGACCUGGGAUCCGAAGAUAACUACGCCUCCUGGCCUAUAUCUAAUGAGCGUGGUCUUGAAGCGUAUAUUCAUGUUCAAAUGCACAUUGCCAAUGCUGCGGCUCACCACAACCUUCACAUUGCUGGCCCUUCCCAUCAUGUUGACCAAGCUUUUGUGCUUUCAUCAAAGGGAAAGACCGCCCUCCUCUCUCCUCUCCCCCUCGAUCGAAGCGCUCGUGCUUUCCUCUUUCCCCGUAGCUUGGUUCUUCGGAUUUCUCUACUACACCGAGGUGCCUAGUGUCUUGACCGUAACCGCAAUGAUCGUGUUUGCGGCUCAAGGAAAACAUUCAUUGGCUGCGUUGCUAGGGCUCGUGAGCUGCACGUUCCGACAAACCAAUGUGGUUUGGGUACUUUAUGCAUACGGUAUCAGCCAAUUAGCAGAGCUCAAAUAUCGGAAGGGUUCCGAGAAACGGAGUUCUCUUCACGAUCCCCCGGCUUUGGAUGCGAGCCUUGGCGACUUCAGCAAAACUGUUAUGAGCUUCCCGUCUGUAUUUCCAGAGAUUCUACCGUCUUUCCUGCCAUAUGCAGGCGUGUUUGCAGCGUUUGGAACAUUUGUGGCAUGGAACGGUGGGAUCGUGCUAGGGGAUAAGUCAAAUCAUAUACCUUCAUUGCAUAUACCGCAAGUCUACUACUUUGUAGCGUUUUCGACGGCCUUUGGCUGGCCUGUCCUCAUAAGCGGUGAAGGCGGUAUUUUAGGUUUGCUUUCAGAAGUAUGGAACCGCAUACGGAUUGUUUCAACGACACUCAUCAUGGCCGCAAUGUCGGUUACAAUUCAUUAUUUCACAAUUCACCACCCCUUCCUGCUGUCUGACAAUCGCCAUUAUACCUUCUACGUUUGGCGUCGCAUCUACAUGCUCCAUCCUGCUAUUCCGCAUCUUUUAGUCCCCGUUUACUUAGCUUGUGCAUGGGCGUGGUUUUUGCGUGUAGGAAAGCAGCAGACUAUUUUACAGACAUUGUUACUCCCGAUCUGCGUCUUGCCCACUCUCCUGCCCACCCCUCUUUUGGAGCCUCGGUAUUUCUUGAUUCCGUAUAUUCUUUUGAGGGUCCAAAUCGUAGACACGCCUUCAUGGGGCUUGGCCGUUGAAGGGGCAUGGUAUACCUUGAUCAACGCCGUGACCAUGUACGUGUUUCUUUACUUGGAACGCGAAGGAGUAGGUCGCUUUAUGUGGUAG